AUGACUCUCUGCAUGUAUUCCAUGGGGAGCAUGGAUUUCGAAGCGUAUAGAUUGAUCUAAUACACGACAAGUGAUGGCUAGACCCUAGGUUCCCUCUCAAACUCACUUAACUUCGCAGCAGCUCACUUCUCAGGCGAUGUAUUUAGAAAGGUAGCAGUAAUUAGAUUUGAUGAGUUGUACCCCGAGGUAGUGACCCAGGUCUUGCAGAAAAACGCUCUAGGUCUAUUGAUGAUUCUGCCAGCUGACGCUAGACAAUAGAGUGCUAUUUCCCCCAAGAUUCUUAAGCUGUGGGAAGAUAUUCAGUUUAAGCUAGCAACUGAGUCAAUUGCAGUUCCAGUGUACUUCGCUUAUGAGACCGAUCAAUUGUUUGAUUUACACGCUUAACUCAAGAGGGAGGCUUUAAGCGGAUAGACUAGUGGUCCUCAGAGAGGCUUCAGCAGAAUGUUCAAUAGUCAAGCUGAAUACAUGAUGAUCUUGAACAAUGCAGAGCCAAAGCAACUCCAGCAAAUCAACCUCGAUGUGUUCUAUGGAUAAGUUAACUUCAGAGAGUCUUAAGAUUAAAGCAAUUAAAAUCCCCUUAUUGCUAUUUCAACUACUUAUGAUGCACUAGCUAUUUCCCCAGAGCUCUCAUACUCAAUUGAAUCAUCAGGCAGUGCUUUGAUCGCAGAACUCCAAGUUAGCAAGAUUUUCAGUCAGUUACUCUCUGAACUCCAACAAGUAAACAACUUUAAGUUUGACUUGCUAUUUAUCCUUUCCCCAACUGGCUCUUUGAAUCAUGAGGGAACAGGUAAAUUCCUAGAUCACAUCCCAUCAAACAUCCGUGAGAGAAUAAAGUUUGCCGUCUGUCUUGACCAAUUCGUUAAUUCUCAAGCUCCCAAUGAUCUCUUCAUCCUUCAAGGCCAACUUAGUGAUACCGACAGCACUUCAAACAAAUUCGUUGAAGAAUUCAAGAGAGCAGCUGCCUAGAAGAACGUUUACGUUUAAACUAAAGACAUUGCCCAUUCUUACAGCAGCAACAGAAGAUUUGUGCAAUACGAGCAUCAAAUAUUCAACGAGAAGGGCAUUCCAGCAGUGACUAUUUCAGCUAAGGGAGAGAGAAACUUCCACAGAUACCAGAAGUACUCUGUUUUCGAUUCCGCUCUAAACAACGAUGACUUGAGAAGAAACAUUCUUAUCUUCAGUGAGGCUCUCGUUCACUUAGUCUACGCCUUCCACGACUCCUCAAUCAACUAUUUCCUCGACAACAAGAGCUUAGUGCAAGAUUCCUACAUCGACCAAAUCAAGUCAUUCCUGUUGAAGAACUCACGUGCCCCACAUAUGAUUCAAAGAGACUCAGUUCUAAGCAAGGAGUUCCAAAGACUGCUAAACUAGAAUGUGAACUCAGUUAAGAGAAUGGGUGUGCUCGUGAAGGACACUCAAUUCUACGAGGAGAAGCUUGGAAACAAAGUACAGUUUUACUUGGUCACCAGCAAGCUUUAAGAACUUUACAUUUUCCUUGGAGUACUCGCUUAUCUUCUAGCCCUAUACUUCGGCCUGCAAAAGAUCUAAAAAUCAAAUAAGGAUACUACUCCAGUCAAAGUAGAGAAGAAAGAAUGCAAAGGUAUCUGGAAAGACGGAGAAUAAAAAUGCAAGAGGACUCUAAAGAAGAAAUCGGAGUUAUUGAAGACCUAUGGAAUAUAUACCCUGACAGCUGCUUAUGGAGUUCUGUUAAUCUAUAUUGCCUACAGAAAGAUGUACCCCAAGGAAUACCAGAGUGAAGAGGAAUAAGAAAAGGAUGAAAGAAAGUUUCAGUUGACUGAUUUAUUCUACAGAAUAGGAGGCUAUAUCAAUGUGUUUGCAAACAAGAGAACUAAUUAAAAGCAGAGUGAUUUUUAUCUCCCUGCUAAGCAAGAAGAAUUGCAAUAAAUUUAGACAAAUAAUAUAAGUAAUGCUUCAGAGUUAAAAGAUAACACUAAAUGA